AUGGGGGACUCGACCUCGAAGAAAAUCGUCGUCACGGCAGAGGAUCGUGCUGCGAAGCAAAGGCUCAUCGAGGCCGAGAAGACAUAUGGUCGCGGCAAGGGAAACUCCAUCAAAUCCGCUCGCGACAAGAAGCUCCGCGGCACACUCAGGGAACAAGAGAACAGACAUAAGGAUGCGGUGUUGAAGGCCAAAGAUGCCGAAAUUCUUCUUGAACAUGAUGCAGGCUUCUUGGAGCCCGAAGGAGAACUCGAAAGGACAUACAAAGUACGACAAGAUGAAAUCAAGGACAGCGUUGGACUCGAGACUGCAAAGAAAGGCUUUGAGCUGAGAUUGACCGACGCUGGACCUUAUCGCGCAGACUAUACACGCAAUGGACGCAAUUUGUUGUUGGCAGGUCGAAAGGGUCAUGUCGCGACGAUGGACUGGCGUGAUGGCAAGCUGGGAUGCGAGCUCCAGCUGGGUGAAACUGUACGGGAUGCGCGGUGGUUGCACAACAACCAAUUCUUCGCUGUCGCGCAGAAGAAAUACGUCUACAUCUACGAUCAGAAUGGUGUGGAACUUCACUGCUUGAAGAAGCAUUUGGAGCCACUCUUCCUCGAAUUCUUGCCCUACCACUUCUUGCUGACUAGCGCUACAAUGGCAGGCUUCAUCAAAUACACGGACACAUCAACCGGACAAUUGGUGAAUGAGCUCCCAACGAGACUCGGCCGCCCGACUGCUCUCGCCCAAAACUCUUACAAUGCUAUCAUUCACUGCGGACAUCAGAACGGUGCGGUCACUCUGUGGUCACCAAACUCCCAGACCCCUCUUGUCAAGGCACUGGUCCACCGUGGUCCAGUGAGAUCCAUCGCAAUGGACCGCCAGGGUCGCUACAUGGUGUCAACUGGACAAGAUCAGAAGAUGAACAUCUGGGAUAUCCGUAUGUUCAAGGAAGUGCACUCAUACUCCUGCUACCAACCAGGUGCCUCGGUCUCCAUCAGUGACCGAAACCUGGUGGCUGUCGGAUGGGGCACUCAGGUGAGCGUGUGGAGGGGUCUUUUCGAAGCUGCGCAAGCAGACACCGCCAAGGUGCGAAGCCCCUACAUGGCAUGGGGUGGUGAUGGACAGCGCAUUGAAAAUCUUCGUUGGUGCCCCUUCGAAGAUGUUCUCGGCGUCGGACACGAUCAAGGUUUUGCUAGUAUCAUUGUUCCUGGCGCUGGAGAACCCAACUUUGAUUCUCUGGAAGCCAACCCCUACGAGAACGUCCACCAAAGGCAGGAGGCCGAGGUGCACAGCUUGCUGCACAAGCUCAAGCCGGACAUGAUCUCACUGGAUCCCAACGUGAUCGGAAAGCUCGACACUAUCAGGGACCAACAAGUUCGGGAAGCUCGCGAUCUGGACAAAAAGCCCGAAGAUCCGCUCGAAAAGCUCAAGAAUCGCGGUCGAGGCCGCAACAGUGCCCUGCGAAACUACCUCCGGAAGAAGGGACGUACCAACGUCAUCGACGAGAAGAGGCUCAAGGCCGAAGCAUUGCACAAAGAACGCAUGGCUCGAAACAAGGACCGUAUUCGUCAAGAGCGUCAAGAUUUGGGUCCUGCGUUGGCCCGUUUUGCCAAGUAG